AUGCACAUACGACACGAUACCAGCCUUGCGCAUUUUCAGUUGCGCAGCUCGCUGGCCAGCCCUUUUCGUUCACAAAUAUACUACACCAGCCUCUUGGGCAUUUCCAAAGUUGACCCCGUCACGGGGAAUCACGGACGUUCCCUGCAAUGGACUGAUUUUCCUGUGUUCGGCCGCGCCGUCACCACUCUUGGGGCGAAUCAGGAUGUUCUUGUUGCUGGAAGUUUUACCGGAGAGUACAUCAUCUCGUCUCUGCACAGUACAGACGUCAACAAUUUUACAAAGGGCACUAUUACGGAAGCGGCGUCUGGUAUCACGAAUCACUUGCAGGUACACAAACAGCGCAGUACGUCCAACGCAGUCGCUUCCAUAUGCAGCAACGACAACGGCUUCAGAGUGCUGGACCUGGAGACCCAACAGUUCGUGUCCGAAUCUGGCUACGGUUUCGCCCUGAACUGUUCCGCUGUAUCUCCCGACUGUCGUCUUCGCGUCGUGGUGGGCGACUCCAAAAAUGUCAUCAUUGCCAACGCGGAGACCGGAGACACGGAGGUCUUGCUGAAGGGCCACAACGACUUCGGCUUCGCGUGUGACUGGUCCGACGACGGCCGCUAUCUGGCCACAGGCUUCCAAGACAAGACAGUCAAGAUCUGGGAUCCGCGCAAGUGGAAGGACGGUAAUGGCACAAGCACGCCGCUGCAGCAUCUUCGGACCGAUCUCGCCGGGGCCAGGGGUCUGAAGUUCUCGCCUCUCGGAAGCGGCGAGUCCGUCCUCGCCGCAGCUGAAGAGGCCGACCUUGUACAUGUCUACAGCACACACGCCUUUGGCAGGGAAACGCACCACGCCGACACCCGGCAGACCUUUAGUGUCUUUGGUGAGCUAGGGGGCGUUGACUUUGCAGAAGGCGGCCAGGAGCUAAAUGUUCUUGUGGCAGAUUCCGAAACGGGGGGCAUUCUGCAAUUGGAACGAUGCGGUACACGGAGAGACUUCACGGAUGCGAUACCACUGUUUUGA